GGAAGGUUGCUCAUAGCUAGUGCAGUGUCACUUUGUCACACAUGAAAAUUAAUGGGCUCUACAAAGGGUGAAAGGUCAAUUGGCUGCAAUCUGGCUUCACUCAACUACUCCCUACGUGUUGAGAUCAGAUAUUCUCUCUGAACAUGCUCAGGACAUAUGUCUACAACAACAACGAUUGUAGAUGGUAAGAACGGAUCUCUUCCUACAACAUCAAUGAAAGUGGGCAAGAAAUCAGUUACAGAAGACCUUGUGACAACAUUCAGCUCACCAGCAGUAUGGCUUCUUGUGAUUGCUCUGAUUGUAACUUGGUCAGCAGUAGCUAUUGUGAUGUUUGACUUGGUGGAUUACAAAGCCUUUGCAGGUGAAGUGGAACAUUCCAUGAAAAGAAAAGAAAUUCAUAAAGAGAAAUUGGAAAGACAUGAGAAACGAGCAUCACUGAAAGUAAUUCAUGGUGACAAAGCAGAAAAGCAAGAG